AAAAGAAAAAGGUAUUUAUAGCAGAUGUUCAAAAACCCUAAAUCGCGUUUCGUCUCCCAAAUCUGCCGCCGCCAUCACUGAUCCUGUAAUGGAUUCUAGUUACUCUGAUUCUCGUCCCAUGUUCGUGCAAUCGCCUUAUGGUGGAUGGAACCAAACCCAGAUGACUGAUUCAAUGGCUAAUCCGAUGAGCAGCGAACAAGUCGACUUGCAUUCACAAUCUGAUACACAGUCGCAGUCGCAAUCUCAGCCUUCGUUGAAAAGGCCAAGACUUUCCGAUGACAACUUGUUCAAUCCGGCCACGUCUUUUCCUCCGACGAGUAACAACAAUCCUUGGAUGGUUCCGCCGUUAAACCACCCUCCUGUGAACAAAGGGACGGCCAAUAUCUUCUACAAGACGAGAAUGUGUGCGAAGUUCAAGUCAGGGACUUGUAGGAACGGAGAGCUUUGCAAUUUUGCGCAUGGAAUGGAGGAUCUCAGGCAACCUCCAUCGAAUUGGCAGGAGAUUGUUGGACCUCCGGUUCAAGACAGGGACAGGGAGAGGGAGAGAGACAGAGAAAGGGAAAGACCGUCUUCUGUGUCUGCUGGGAAUAAUAACUGGGAAGAUGAUCAAAAGAUCAUUUUGAGGAUGAAGCUUUGCAGGAAGUUUUGUUUCGGGGAGGAGUGUCCUUAUGGGGAGAGGUGCAACUUCAUUCACGAGGAUCUGUCCAAGUUUCGUGAGCAGGAGGGGAAACUGAGGGAGAGCUCGGUUAUAAGCGUUGGUACUAGUGCUGCUGAUACACCAUCUGCUGAGAAUGGUGCUGCUUCAAGUCAAAUUGAUGUAAAUAGACAAGGAGGCAUCCCUGUACCCGCACCUAUCAACAAUGGCGGUGGUGUCAAGACUCUGUACUGGAAGACGAGGUUGUGUAUGAAGUUUGAGACGAGUCAAUGUCCUUUUGGCGAUAAAUGCCACUUUGCUCAUGGCCAAGCAGAGUUGCAUAACUCUAUUGGAAAGGUUGAAGGAGAAGCUGCGAACGGAGUAGCGUCUGUGAGUAAACAAACGGUGGUAUCUGCAAACGAAGCAUAUGCGAUGAAACCGAGUGCACAAGUAACAGCAGAUUCUUCUGGCCUCAACGAUGAAGUGAGGAGAAAGAAGUGUUUGCUCAAGUGGAGCGACUCCAAGAAGAUUAACCGAAUCUAUGGAGAUUGGAUCGAUGAUUUACCGGUGGGUCAAAAGUCGACAAAACCAGUAGAGAGCUGAGUCUUCUUCUACUCUGGCUCCGUUUGUCUUUUGUCUCUGAAUGAUCAAAGGUGAUAAUAAAGCUUUGGUCGACAAUUUUGAACAGUAGAAUAAAUCUUGUACCUGGUUUCUUCAUAAUCAAUUCUUUGAUUCGCUAUGUUCUGGCUAUAGAACAUACACUAGCUUAGGAUUUCCCUUUCGGUUUAAUCUUUGAUUACUCAAGUGGCCUGGUUCACUAAUAGCUUCGUCAUCUUCAUUUUUCUAUAAUAUUUUUUUGAUCAAUUAGUAUAUUGAAGUGUCUUACACCAUUACCC